CACGCACCCGGCCUUCAUCACACGCCGGCCACUCCUCAACACUCUACACACCUCAACCCCAACUCUCACACGCCAUGCCCGCUCUCGCCGACCUUAUCGGCGCUUACUCUGAGCACGAGGCUCGCUCACUCAUCGAGCUCACGCGCCGCCGCGGCGGUGGUGGCGGCGGCGGUGGACGCGGCGGCGGCGGCGGCUCCGUCAGCAGCGGCGGCGGGUCGCGCAGUGGCUCUGGCACGUCAACUGGCGGCACCACGGCCGGCCGCUCCUCGACGCCCGGCUUCACCGCUGGCUCCGUCUCUGGCGGCUCGGGCCUGCGCGGCAGCUCCAGCGCGAACGGCGUCAGCACGCCGUACACCGUCACCAGCGGCGCCUUUGCUGGACGCACGGCUGGCGGUGGUACUCGCGGUGGUAUCUAUGGCAGCGGCGGCUACGGCGGUGGACGCGGCACGGCUGGCGCUGGCUUCCCCUUCAUCUUCUGGCCCCUCGGCUUCGGUGCUGUCGGCCUCGGCGCGGGCUACUACGGCGCAUCCGAGUACCGCAACCGCGACGACCGGCCAGGCGGCGCCGAGACGGUCUUCCUCAUCAGCCCGCCCGCCGGCGUCGACGCAGAGCAAAACCGCUUCUUCCUGCUCGGCGACAACAACUCCAUCGAGACGGUCCGCGACGCGCUCGCUUCGGCUUGCGGCACGGGCACCAACAACGCCACGGCACCCUCAAACUUCAGCGCGGGCCCGCAAGAGGUUGCACAGUACUACCGCGGCUCCUCCUUUGCUCUCGGCCUCGACGGCUACGAGAACGGGCAGCCGGCUGUGGGCACGAACGACACGGCUGCGCUCGAGGCACCGCUCGCCGCGCUGCCCAGCAGCGUCAACCAGACGUACUUCUCUUGCCUGAACUCGACGAUCGGCCAGGACGUGCCGCUCGUGGAGGAGGCCGCGGCGACCGACGCUGCCGGCAUCGUCUCGCCGAGCGUCGCGGGCCUCAUCUUUGCCCCUGCGAUCGUCGUCGCGUUCCUCCUGAACCUCUAAGCGCUGGCACUUUCGCGGACCGGACCUCAGCACGUCUCUCUAUAUACCAUCGCAAUGCCAGUCUGUACAUAUCACGGCCGCUUGAUGAGUCGCACGAUGCCGACGAGCAGCGGCACGGCAACGGGCCCGAAGAAGGGCGUGUAGACAGCCAUCUUGUGCUCCUGCGGAAAGUAGAGCUCCUUGAUCAUGUCGCGGUUGAAGAAGGCGCGGCUGGCGAGCGCAGCGGCGCGCGAGGAGAGCAUGAGCGCGCGCUCGAGAUCGGGCGAGGCCUCGCCAGCAGCGCGUGCCGGGACAGG